UACUACUUCGCCACUGCAAAAGAAUUGAUGCAGCUCAAUGGCACAACCAAGUCUUUGGUAGCAAACCAUCUUGCUGAGUCCAUAGCAGGAUCCAUGACAAUAAGAGCUUUUGAGGAGGAAGAUCAGUUCUUUGUCAAGAAUCUUGACCUCAUCGAUGUAAAUGCUACUCCAUUUUUCCACAGUUUUGCAGCAAAUGAGUGGCUGAUCUAGCAGCUCGAAACACUUGCUGCAGUUGUUCUCUCCUCAUCAGUGCAUGGUUUUGCUCCCUUCGGGAACUUUCAGCUCUGGUGGGAUUUAUUGGAAUGGCCUUGUCCUAUGGUCUCUUAUUGAACAUGUCCUUUGUUAUGUCCAUUCAAAACCAGUGCACUCUAGCAAAUUACAUAAUUUCUGUGGAAAGGCUCAACCAAUAUAUGCACAUACCAAGUGAAGCUCCAGAAGUGAUAGAAGAGAACCGACCCCUUGUAAAUUGGCCGACUAGGGGUAAAGUGGAGAUUCAAGAUUUGUAGGCAAAUUUUUUGUGCAUUGGCAUUUAAACUGACAAAGGAUAGUAGCACACUGACUGAGAAAUAUAUACAUGAUGUCAAAACAGAUCAGAUAUAAGCCUGAUGCACCACUUGUUCUUCGUGGGAUAAGUUGCACAUUUGAAGGAGGACACAAAAUUGAUAUUGUUAGAAGAACUGGCAAUGGGAAGACGACUCUGAUAGGUGCUUUAUUUCGUCUGGUGGAGCCUGUAGGAGGCAAGAUUGUGGUAGACAGAAUUGACAUAUCUAAGCUUGGGCUUCAUGAUUUAAGGUCACAUUUUGGGAUUAUACCUCAAGAUCCUACUCUUUUUAAUGGAACUGUGAAAUACAAUUUGGAUCCCUUAUCUCAACAUACUGAUCACGAAAUAUGGGAGGCUCUUGGAAAGUGUCAGCUCAGAGAGGCUGUCGUGGAGAAAGAAGAUAGCCUAGACUCCUUGGUUGCGGAUGAUGGUUCGAAUUGGAGUAUGGGACAGGCAACUGUUUUGCUGGGGGCAUGCCCUUUUGAGGAGAAGCAAGAUAUUGGUGCUCGAUGAAGCUACUGCAUCAAUCGACAAUGCAAUCGACUUGAUUUUACAAAAACCAUUAGUACUAAGUUUUCAGACUGCACAGUGAUCACCGUGGCCCAUAGAAUGCCAACUGUGAUGGAUUGCACAAUGGUUCUGGCUAUCAGCGAAGGGAAAUUGGUAGAGUAUGAUGAGCCAAUGAAGUUAAUGAAAACAUAAGGUUCACUAUUUGGGAAACUUGUCAAGGAAUACUGGUCUCAUUAUCACUCUGCAGAAUCUCAUUGAUGCUUACCAUAAUGUCUUAUGUUGCCGGUACUCAUAUGUGGGGAUUCUACCAGUAUCAUGUUUGAAAAUCCCAUCUUUUCACAGUCAGUCCAUGCCCUGAGGUUGGAAGGUUUGCAUCAUAUAGAUAGCCAGUGAAAACUAUGAACACUCAAGAGCCUUUCUAAAUCGGGUUUGAGGGAUCGGAAUAGGGAGAAGUUGGACAAUAAAGGGUAGAAACUAUCAAGUGGGAUUGAUGUAUAUAUAAUACUAGAAUAACAAAUGAGGCCCUUUUAAAAUGGAAUAGGUUGGGGACCAGAAAUUUUAUCCCAUUUUGCCAUUGUGUGUAAUGUAUCUUGCUGUAUUCGGUGGGUAUGAUGCACCGAUUUUUCAUAAGGCAAUGUAGGCUAUCAUUUAUCUCGAACACAACAUUGCUUUGGAAUGCAUUCUUUAG